AGAAGGCAAUUGUGUCUGCUUACCAUGGAAUUUGUUAUUUCAAUCGGAGCCAAAAUAGCUGAGUAUACAGUUGCACCUGUGGGUCGCCAGUUGGGUUAUCUGUUUCGCUACACAAGAAAUGUAGAUAACCUCAAAACUCAAGUUCAAGAUUUGAAGGAUGCCAAAGACAGAUUGCAACAUCGUGUUGAGGAGGCCCGGAAUAACUGUCAAGAAAUCGAAGCUGAUGUUAAGAGAUGGCUGAGCAGCUUUGAUCAAAUCUCUGAAAAAGUUGACACAUUUCUCAACCACGAAGACCAUGCAAAGGCUGCUUGUUCUUGUGGAUCCCUUCCUCAUUUGGUGACUCGACAUCAGUUGAGUAGGAAAGCAAAGAAGUUGUUAAUCGAGGAGGUAUUCGUGCUCACAGGGAAAUGCAAUUUCGAUACGAUUUCUUAUCCCCCUCACCUACAUAGUUCGUCUACAGCAAUAGCAACAACAACAACAGCAGCAGCAAUAACGAAAGGGUACGAGAGUUUUGAUUCAAGGAGAGUCAUUCUGGAGAACAUAAUGGGUGCUGUGAGAGAUGCAAAUAGGAGCAGGAUAGGGUUGCAUGGAAUGGGCGGACUUGGCAAAACUAUGCUUGCCAAAGAAAUCGCUAGACAAGCUAAGGAAGAGAAGUUGUUUAGUACGGUGGUUAUCACCACUAUUUCUCAAACACCAAACAUAAAAGAGAUUCAGCAACAUAUAGCCGAAAAGCUAGAUGUAACAAUUUUCAGCCAAAUUGAAAGCAUAAGCAAAAGAGCAGAAGUGCUACAACAACGACUGAAGCCGGAAAAUAGGAUUCUCUUAAUUCUGGAUGACAUUUGGAGGGAACUCAAUCUAGAAGAAAUUGGAAUCCAUGAUGGGUGCAAGAUUCUAGUAACCUCUAGAUAUGCACAUGUUUUACACAACAUGGGUAUGGCUGAGAGUGAUGUGUUCUUAAUUAAAGCUUUAGAGUCAAGUGAAGCCAUAAGUUUGUUUAAGAAAAUCAUUGGAGACACUAAAGUUGAGAACAAUGCAUAUUACAAUGCUCUAGCAGUUAAGAUUGUUGAUGAAUGUGGAGGCCUACCAAUCUCCAUUUCGACUGUGGCACAUGCUUUGAAAUUCAACAUGGACAGUUUGUUCAUGUGGGAGGAUGCGUUGCAACGACUACAGAGUUCCAACUUUACCGGGAUUGGGGAGAUGCGUGACAAAGUCUACUUGAGUAUAAGAUUGAGUUAUGAUUUUCUCGGAAGACAUGAGGAGGAGGCCAAAUCAUUGUUGUUGCUGUGUGCUUUACAUGCGGAAGAUGAAGAAAUAAAAGUGGAAGAGCUGAUGAGAUACAGCAUUGGUUGGAACUUGCUUCAAGGAGUGAGAACAGUGAGUGAAGCAAGAAACAGAGUGAAUUCAUUGGUUGUUAAAUUGAAAUCUCAUUCUCUGUUGUUGGAUGGUACACAUAAAAAUGAUGAAGUGAAGAUGCACGAUGUGAUUCGUGAUGUUUGCAUAGUAAUUGCAAAGGGAGAUGAUGAUCAUGAUGACCACAAGAAUAUUAAGAGGAUGAAUAACAUUACCAGUGCUGCUUCCUAUGAAGAAUUUGUUAUCCACGAAAGACAUAAAUCAUCUAAAGCAAUUUCGUUUCUUGACUAUGAUGAUUUUGAUAAUCUCCCUCAAACAUUAGAAUGUCCUCAGCUAGAAUUACUUCUUCUAUCUACCGGGUCUAAUUUGGAAUUGAUUCCAGAUGAGUUUUUUGAACAAACUAGACAACUUAAAGCUUUGAUUUCAAACAAUACAUAUCUAGAAUCACUACCGCCAUCCUUUCAUUUGCUUCAAAAUCUCCAAACAUUAUGUCUGCGCGAUUCUUGUCUAAAAGACAUAGCCAUGAUUGGAGAGCUAAAGAAUUUAAAAGUUCUUGAUGUGUCCUGGUCUGAAUCCAUAGAGCGGUUGCCAAAAGAAAUAGGAGCAUUGCAGCGUUUGCAAGUGCUAGAUCUGCGAGGAUGUAGAAAUUUAAGAGUGAUCGAGCCAAAUAUCAUUUCGAAUUUGACACAGAUGGAAGAGCUCUAUAUGCCACACAAAUUUCAGGGAUGGGAUAAGAUCGAAGAAGGCGGAAUAAGAAAUGCUAGUCUUAUUGAGAUAAAGAGUUUGCAACGACUUACAGUUUUAUAUUUAUCUGUAUCAAGUGAACAUGUUUUUCGAGAGGAAUUGUUUACUGAAAAAUUGGAGAGAUACCUAAUAUCUAUUGGAGGUGGAUUUUCCUCCGAUUUUUACACAAACAAAUUUUCAAGGUGGUUGCACCUAAACCUCUCUCAAUCGGAUCAAAUAAUACAUGGAUGUGGACUUGGAUCGCUGAUGAAAAGGUGUGAACAUUUAUCAUUACACAGAUUAAUUGAUGUCGCCAAUAUUGUUGUUGGUGAUCUUAGUGCAGAGGGAUUUCCAAGUUUGCAGUCAUUGAGGCUUAGCCAGAUGACAAGUUUGGAAAGGAUUAUUUGUCAUGGUUGUAAUGAACUCCCAAGAGGGUUCUUCAAUGAAUUGAGAAGGGUGGAUGUGUGGUCUUGUGGUAGAUUAAAGUAUUUGUUCCCUUUGUGUGUGGCCAAACUAAUUCAUCAUAUUACAAUACGAAAAUGUGAGAUGAUGGAAGAGAUCAUUGUGAGCCAUAACAUUCAUAUUGAUCAUCACUCUUCUUCUUUGCAAUUACGCUCCUUGGAAUUAUAUAAUUUACCAAACUUGGUGCAAUUCUAUGAUUGCUUCAAGUUGAAACCAACCACCCACUCUUCCCCUGCUUUAUUCAGCGAAACGCUUUCCUUUUCUAUGUUGGAAAAGUUGAUUGUGUCGAGAUUAAACAUAAAAAAGUUAUGGCCAGACCAAAUUAUGGUAUCAUCAUCAACUUCUUACAUGCAAAAUUUAACAAGCUUAGAAGUGGAAGGGUGCAAUAAGUUAAAGUAUCUGUUCUCUUUCUCUCUUGCUCAAAAGUUUGUAAGCUUAAAGAGUAUACGAGUCGAAGAUUGUAACGCAAUAGAAGAUAUAAUAAGAGUAGUGAAACUUGGAGAAGAAGAAAGUAUUGAUGAUGAUCAUGAUCAGAUAUUGGAAAGGAUUGAUUUGUUCCCUAAAUUAGAAUCCGUUACGCUUGUUAGGCUUUCAGGCCUCCAAAGAUUUUGCAGCGCAACAAUUCCAUCAUCGUGUAUGAUAUUUCCACUCCUAUCAGAGCUAAUCAUAGAAGACUGCCCAAAACUCAGAACAUACAUUAGCUCUGCCACUUCUAAUUCUAUGCCAACACGUGUACCUGUUGACCAUGUUUUAUCAACACAACCUCUCUUCAAUGAAAAGGUUUGUUUUUCUAAUUACAUGGAGCAUUUGAUUGUGGAGGGAGUGAAUACAAAAGAGUUAUGGCCAGAAAAGACUCUAUCAAGUUAUUCUUACAUGCACAACUUAACAAGCUUAGAAGUAGUUGAAAGUUGCAAUAGUCUAAGGUAUAUGUUCUCUUUUAGUGUUGCUCAAAUGUUUGUAAACCUAAGAACAUUAAAAGUCAGUGAGUGCAAGGCAAUGGAAGACAUAGUAGUGAAGCUUGGAGAAGAAGAAACUCAGUUACAAAGGGGCUUUUUCCCUAAAUUAGAAUCUCUUGAGCUUAAUGGCCUUUCAGCCCUCCAAAGAUUUUGUGCAACAGAUUCAUGUAUGGUAUUUCCACUUGUAUCGGACCUAAUUAUAAGGGGCUGUCCAGAACUGAAGACAUUUGUUAGCUCUCCCACUAUUGUACCAAUAAGACAAGUAUGUAUUGACCAUAAAGAAGAGAAACAACUUAAUCCAUCAACACAACAUUUCUUGGCCGCCGAAAAGGUAAUUUUUCCCAUGCUAAAGGUAUUGAGAAGUGAUUGGAGUGAAGGAAUUAAGGAGAUAUUUGAGAUGAGUAGUAAUUCAAUAGUAUUGUUUCCCAACCUUGAUACACUUGACUUGAGCUGCACAUCUGGUGAUGAACCAAUUGGUGUACCAGAUUUGAAGUUAUUCUUAUACAAAUAUCAUACAAUUCGUACACUUACAUUGUGGGGCUCCUUUGUGAAUGACGAUGGUAGCGGUGAUAUUACUACUUCUACUUGUACCACUUGUUUGGAGAAACUAUGGAUUAACUAUGCUGAUAUGCUUGAUCAUGUGUUUGGGGAACCAUUACAUACUAUCGUGUUUCAAAAUCUAAAAGAAGUUGUAGUUGGGGAUUGUAAAAGAUUACAGACAUUUGCAGCCCCCUUUAUGUCGUUCCACAACUUGGAAGCUCUGACAGUAAUGAGAUGCCAUGAGCUGAGGUAUUUAUUGUCUUCCUCAACAGCAGCCAGUCUGCUUCAACUGAAAAAAAUGAGAAUAAGAGAUUGUGAUGAAAUGAAGGAGAUUAUUAUUAAUCAUAAUGGUAAUGAAGAAGAGGAAGAAGAAGAAGACUCCCUAAUUGUUUUCCAGAAUUUGGAGAAACUAGAGCUUGAGCAUUUGCCAAGUCUCGAAAGCUUCUACUCAGGAAAUAAAGUUAUCCUGAGUUUUCCAAAUUUGGAAGAAAUAUGUAUCAAGAAAUGCCCUCAGAUGAAGAGAUUUUCGCAUGGUGUACUAAAUAUGGGGAGUCAUUUUGAUACAACUGAUCAAACAAAGUUUUUGGAGGAAAUUUCGGCCAAUUUGGAUGAAUCGGUAAUUUCAUUUACUAACAACCCCUUCUUUUAUCCAUAUGUAUAUCAUUCUUUCUAAGUAUGGAAUCCCUCUAAUUAAUUUCAGUGAUGUUAAUUUGUUUAUUAGGAAGAUGAGUUUGACUCCCAAUGCGAUGUUUUGCUGUGAUAAUUAAUAAUAAAUCUGAUAAUGUUUUGC